AUGGCGCGGAUGAUGGUGGAGGCGAUGGUCGUCGUCGCGAUCGGGUCGCGAUGGAUCGGCGUCGACGCGCAGGUCCUGUGCGCGCCCAACAACGCCACCAUCUGUACGACGGGCGCGUUCACAGGGCAACAUAAUCGGGAUUCAAGCUCGGGAUGCAAUAUGUGCUCGACGAUAAAGCACUGCUUAGCCCACGAUGCGACCGGCGCUUCGUGUGGAACAGUGACUAUAGGUGGCGUUACUUAUGCCAUUCCCCCUAUAAGCUCGUGGGACGUGUCGAACGUCGUCAGUUUCAAGGGUGUCUUCGCGGAUUCUGAAUACGCCACUGAUCAAAGUUUCGGUAAUAUUCCGUACAGAACAAACCAAUUCAACGCCAACCUGGGCGGAUGGACCAUAAACACAGCGUCAAAUGUGCAAGUGACAAUGUGGGACAUGUUCAGAGGCGCGAGUUCGUUCACCGGCGCGGGCAUCGGCGCUUGGAACGUCACCAAAGUCACUGAUUGCGAGGGUAUGUUUGACAACGCCAGGUCGUUCAAUGAAGAUAUCUCUAGUUGGAACACAAACGCGAUCAAUUGGUUCACUGAUAUGUUCAAAAACGCCGUGAAUUUUGAUCAAGAUAUCACAGGUUGGCCGCACGGUGGGACCAAUAAUGUCAACGAUAUGUUCGAGGGCGCGACCAAGUGGCUUGAGAAGUAUCGCAGAAACGAUUGGACGACGUUGAAGGCCGGACCAGCCUCUGCCUGGACGGGACCGUCGCCGUUUACGAGUAAAACGGCCUUGAAAACCGCGGUGGACAACUGUCUCGCCGCUUCGCCUUCUGGGGCGUGCAACUGCAAAUUGCAGAGCGUAGACUGCGGAAGCGGCGAGGGCGCGCCGAUACGUCUAUGGCGCGUUGAACAACUUACGGACUUAUCGGAGGUUUUUCGAGGUAAGACAUCGUUUAACGCGGACAUCUCGGCGUGGAAUACGGCUCUUGUGACGAGGAUGAACUUUAUGUUUCAAGAAGCCGCGGCGUUCAAUCAGGACAUCUCUUCUUGGAACACGAACAACGUGCAGAAAAUGAGGUACAUGUUUUAUAGAGCGUCUGCGUUCAAUCAGAACAUCGGAAGCUGGAACACGGAAAGCGUGCUCGACAUGCAGGCUAUUUUUGAAGAAGCUACCGCGUUCAAUCAGAACAUCGGAGCAUGGAACACGCGGCGAGUGACGAACCUUGAAUCAGCCUUUUAUGGCGCGCGGAGUUUCAAUUCGGAUAUCACGGCAUGGAAUACGGAGAAGGUCACGAACAUGAGAAAUAUGUUACAAGGCGCGACCGCCUUCAAUCAAAAUAUACAAUCGUGGAACACGGCGAGAGUGACGAACAUGAAUUCGAUGUUUAAACAGGCGACGAGUUUCAAUCAGGACAUCACCAAGUGGGACACCGGGGAAGUGACGGACAUGGAGUACAUGUUUGAAAGCGCGACCUCUUUCAAUCAGCCCCUCAACACGUGGGACACGAGUAAAGUCACGGGCAUGCAUGCGAUGUUUCAGGGCACCAACGCGCCUUUACUGAACCUGACCAUCUGGAACACUGGUGAGGUUCGCAGCACGGCGUACAUGUUUCAGGGCACUUCCUUCAACGGAUCGAUUGGCGGGUGGGACGUGUCCAAAGUUGAAGAUUUUGAAUACAUGUUUGAGGGUAACCCUUCAUUCAAUCAAGAUAUUUCUUCGUGGGUCGUGACGUCUGCGGUUUCGAUGACGCGCAUGUUUCAAGGGGCGACGGCUUUCUUGCAAGACGGCAUUCGUAACUGGUCCGUCCCCGCCGGCGCCGGCGUGACAAACAUGUUCAGUUCCGCCACGGCUUGGUUGACGAUGUACCGCCAGCCUGAUUUCUCCGCAUCGCGCGACGGUCCGCCUUCUGUUUGGGUUAGCCCAGGUCCGUUCACGUCCUUGAGUCAGCUGAAAGCCGCCGUGAGCAGUUGCUUGGCCGCUUCCUCUUCCGGGGCGUGCAAUUGCGACAGUGCGCCGGUGGACUGUGGUCCUGCCGUGUACGACGAUAUUACGCAGUGGAACACCGCGCUCAUCACCGAUAUGUCGGAAUUGUUCAAGGAUGCGCAAUCGUUCAAUGCGGACAUCUCGGCGUGGAAUACGGCUGCGGUGACGAAAAUGGUUGGAAUGUUCGCCGGCGCCAGCCGAUUCAACAAGGCGAUCGGAAGCUGGAGUACGGCGUUGGUGACGGACAUGAGUCAAAUGUUUUAUAAAGCCAACUUUUUUACACAGAACGUCGGCACUUGGAACAUGGUGAAUGUGGGAAAUAUUUCGAGCAUGUUUGAGAUGGCAUCCGACUUCCCAGGCGCCGGUAUUGGUGCUUGGAACACGAGGAACGUCGUCGAUAUGGCCGGCACUUUCAAAUUGGCGCUCAAGUUUAACGAGGACAUCUCGGGCUGGAACACGGCGUCUGUGCUAGAUAUGAGCUCUAUGUUCGAGAGCGCGUUUGAUUUCAACCGUCCGGGACUCGGUUCGGCUGGCGGUUGGGUGACGAGUUCGGUGACGGACAUGAGUUCUAUGUUUUCGUCGGCGAAGGCGUUCGCACCGAGUGACUUGAGCGGCUUCGACGUGGUCAACGUGAAGAAUAUGCAGAACAUGUUUGCGAGUGCAAAUCUGUUCAACGGUGCUCUAUCGACGUGGAAUACGCGCGCGGUCACGAACAUGGCUGGAAUGUUCAGCGGCGCGUCCACGUUCAAUCAACCCAUAUCGUCCUGGAAUACUGCGUCGGUCGGAAGCUUUGAGGCAAUGUUUUCGCAGGCAUCGAGCUUCAGCCAACCGAUUGGUUCGUGGAAUACGGGCGCUGCAACGUCGAUGAAGGAGAUGUUCUACAACGCCACUGCAUUCACAAGUUCGAUCGAUGACUGGGACACAUCUAAUGUCGUUGAUAUGACUGAUAUGUUUGCGUUUGCGUCAACGUUCAACUCCGUCCUUGCAUCGUGGAGUACGACGAAUUUGCAGAGGAUGCGAGGCAUGUUUCGAGGUGCGACGACGUUUACCAGUGAUCUGACGAGUUGGAACACGAAUACGGUGCAGGAUAUGUCGGAGGUUUUCGCAAACGCUACCGCGUUUGCCGGCGAUAUCGGUGUUUGGAACACAAGCUCUGUCACGACCAUGGCAAACAUGUUACAGGGGGCGGCUCUGUUCAACAGCGCCAUCGGUGCUUGGGACACGUCCUCGGUGGUGAACAUGUCCUACAUGAUGGCUGAUAAUGCGGCUUUCAAUCAACCACUCUACUCGUGGGACACAAGUAAUGUCGUCGAUAUGCAGUACAUGCUAUACCGUGCCACUACAUUCGACCAGGACAUCAAUAAUUGGGAUACUUCUUCAGUGAUCUCGAUGGCGUCCAUGUUUGAGGGCGCAGUCGCGUUCAACGGCGCCGGCACUGCGAACAGUGGUGUCGGCAGAUGGAACACAGCAGCCGUGACGUCAAUGAAAAGAAUGUUCGCCUCUGCAUCCGCUUUGAACCCGAUUAUCGAUAGUGGUGAUCGCUUUUGGGGUGCUUGGAACACUCUAGCCGUCAAGGAUAUGGAAGAAAUGUUUCUCGGAGCAUCCUUAUUCAACGGUGGCGUCGGUAAUUGGAAUACAGGUUCAGUUACGAGCAUGGCGCGAAUGUUUAAUCUCGCAACGAAUUUUAACAAUAACAAUGUCUCUUCGCUGGCUUGGGACACGUCUUCCGUGGUUGAUAUGAAUUCAAUGUUUCAAGGAGCGUCUCUAAUGGAUUUAUCCAUCAACAGCUGGAACGUCAGGCAGGUGACAGACAUGCGCAACAUGUUUGCGCAAGUGACACCCUUCAAGAGCGACAUCACCGUUUGGAAUUCUACAGUUUCUUAUGAGAAUUCCACUGGAAUGUUCGCCGAUGUUGAGCAUUGGCCCUUGAUGUUCAAGCGAUUCGACGAACUGCCCAACACCGACGGUCCUCCGAACGCUUACAUCCAAGACUGCACAAACAACGAGGGUGUAUACGCUUCUAUCGAUGAUUUUUGUGUGCCACAGGGAGAAUGUCCUUUUCCCAUACGCUGCGUUGAAGGAAAUGCUGGCUGCCGUGAAGGAUCAACGGGUCUGCUUUGCCGAGCUUGUCUCGAAGGCUAUUACAAGAGCGGCACGCAAUGUUUAGAAUGCCCAGAAAACUCGGCGGCGAGCGCCGGCGUCGCCGCCUUCUUCGUCGUUGUCGCAGGCCUCGUGGGCUUCAAAGCUGCGGAAGCUUUGGGUGCCGUUUCUACCAACAUGAUCAAAAAAGUGGUUGAGACUUUGCAAUUCUUUUCCAUCUCCUUUAGUGUGGAAAUUAAAUGGCCUCUCCCGGUUCUGAACUUUGCGGAUUGGCUGAAGGCUUUCAACUUCAACAUCGAGUUUUUGGCUCCGGAGUGCGCAGGUGCGAACAUCAAAUGGCCCACUCUCUUUUGGUCGGGUGCGCUCAUAAUUCCAUGCGGCUUAGCUGUGGUGUUUUAUCUUCGCGAUCGCUACGCUGCAUACUGUUACGAACACACUGUUUUGGCAAUUCGCAGCGCUCACGACGGAGAAAAGACGAUGUUCUGGAUCGCUCGGCCUGGCAUCUUUAGCUCGAAGGAGCGUCGAACAUACGCGUCUGAGAGCGGUGAUCGAGUGGUGAAAGAAUUGCAGCGGCAAUACAAGCUAAGGGCGACGCUUCGAGUAUUUGGCUCGCUCUGUUUGACAAUUCUGUAUUUACCGAUUGUCCGCCUGUGUCUCCAGGCGUUUGAUUGCAUAAAGUACGGCUCGAGCGAAGCCAGAGUGUUGGUCUACGACGUUGACGUCGAUUGCGAUUCACCAGAGCAUAUUCUCGCGACAUCUGCGGCAUGCGGGAUCAUACUCGCCAUCGGUGUGGGGCUACCACUUUUCGUUAUCAACAAAGUUCGUCGUAUUCGAAUCGAUGGUAAAUUGGACGAUGCGCGAACCCUCGAUAGCUGGGGUGCCCUAUACGAUAUCUACAGACGCACUGAGUUGACGGAAUCUGAUAAGUUGGAAAUCUCGGAGAUUGUGAGGAACGUCUCGCGACAAGCGACUAUACGCACACCAGUGCUAUCGCGGUCUACGACUCUUGCGCAAGACGGCGAUUCACACUCGCCUACCCCAAGCGGGGCUGAGCGAAAACCGACGCUUCAACGAACUUCAACUUUGGCGAGAGUCGAAAUUGAUAAAUCUUUGUCCCAAAGUGUCAGUCUUCGUAAGCCCACAUUUGAACGAACGUCGACUUUCAAGCUCGACUCGGAAACCGAAGAGCUCGCCGCCAUAGUCGACGAUGAGUUAUUCGAGGAACAAAGCGGUCAAGCGACGGAAAAACCAUCCUUCUUCGGUCGAAUCCUCGAGAAAGCGAAGAGUCUAAAGAAUCAGAAGAGUCGUCGCGAACGCCUUCCGGAACUUUCGAUGAAAAAGAAACCAUUGAAAAGAACGUUGACCCAGAAAGCUCGAGAGCGCGCCUCGAAAAUGGCUUGGCUCGAUCGUCUGGCAUUGAAUUACCUCGCAAUUGAAAUGAUUCAAAAGCUUGGAGUGAUUCUCGCGGGUUCUCCAAACAUCGCCGAGGGCAUCAGUAUUUACGGCCUCGUGGCGGUGCACUGGAUAUCCGCUUUGUUCGUUUUGAUUUGCCAGCCAUGGCGUAUUAUCACCCUCGGUUUUGCUCAAAAGAAAAUCCACAAUGCGCUCAAUAAGACUGAGUCGACCGCUGGUUUUUUGCAAGGUCUCAUUCCCCUCCUCGGUAUGAUAUUCGCGACAGACAGCUCGUUGACGGGCCUGUCCACAGCAUUUCUGAUGGGCAUCAUAUGCGCUCUGUUGAUGGUGCGCGUUGGUAUGAUUGUAUCAGAAAGGCUUUCAGUGAGCAAGAAGGUCACGAAAAAGCUGAAUUUUGAGAAAGAACCUGAGGAGAGCGCAAAUUCUGUCCAUCGAGAAUUUAUCGAUCUCGCGAAGGCUGGAAAGAUCGUUAGCAUCUACGCGUUGAGAGCUCAAGUCGCCGUAUCCAAACGCAAAGUUCGCGCGCGGCUCGAGGCUACACGUGAGGCCAUGCUACGGAGAGUUCAACACAUGAAGGACAAGGGUGACGAAGAUCCCGCACAAAUUCGUGCACUUCUGGAAAUCGCGAAUGAGGUGGCGCACAUCGUCAACGUGUGUACCAUUCAACCUGUGCCGGCGGACCGCGACGUUGAACAACAAAUUGAAAGCGCCGCCAACUUACUGACGACUUUGAUUGAAGCCGCCGAGGUAGAGUUUGUACGCCGGACGAAUGCAAACGAGUCAACCGCCGGCGCUUUACACUUACUGCUGCGAAUUCAUGCAUUCGAUCGCGCUGCUAAGCAGUUGGAUGACGAUAUGUUGGAGUACGCUCGCGGUGAGCGAGUAACGGAACUCAUCUCUUUAGGUCAAGAGGCAGUGGCUCUCGAAGAUGAGCAAAGAACGCUUCCCGAACACUUCGGCACGGAUGAACUGAACGCAUCAAUUCUCUGCACCCAGGCCGAUACCUUCACUAUUCAACUCGCGCAGGUAGUUUCUGUUGACGACGUCGGCAGGGUGCUCGUCGUCUUGAACGCCUUCGACGACAUCAUCGUCAAGCACGAAACUUGGCGGGACGCAUGCAUCGAGCUCUUCAGACAUCCAGAAAGCGAGUCUCUCGUUGGUGAUAAUGUCGAAGCGAACAGGCUUUUGCUCGACGAAACCAUCGAUGCUCUGAAAAAUCAUGACACCUACUUACAAAACUGCGUGGUGCUGCGCGCCGUGGAAUGGAAGCCCCUAUUUAAAAACUUUGGCGACGUCAAGUUCAUGCAGGUUCUCGAGACGAUGACGGAGCGUAUAAUCAAGUCUAUUCGAUCGGACGAAGAAGACACGUCACUUGAACAACAUUUACAGAGCGAAGUGACCGAUUUCGUUGACUGGUGCGUCCGCGCGUCUCAGAGCAUCGCCGAAAGUGGCUUCAGCGUUCGCUGUCAGGAGUGCGCGCAAGCCGCGCACGACAAUCUCAAGAUUUUGGCAGAAAAGAAGUCAAAAACACUCGAAAAGCGCGCACAAAAGCAAGCGAAAAAGCGUACGAAGAAACCAGGCUUCUUUGGUGGUCUUUUCGGCGGCGGCAACCGUCAAGAAAUCGAUACGAGCCUCGUCGAAGCCGUCGACGUCGUCGACGUCGACGUCCAAGCGCCCGUCAUCGAAGCGCCCGUCAUCGAAGCGCCCGACGAAGGCGUCGACGUCCAAGUCGACGUCGCGCCAUCCGACACGAGCGACGUCGCAUAG